AUGGCAUGCGGCUCUGCACCUCGCGUUUGGACAUAUCAAAUACAUUUUCUCUUUCUGUGUAUGUUCAUCCUCGAGAGUGCUCGCAGCCAGACCCGAUAUUCUAUUCCCGAGGAAAUGACGAGGGGCUCGCUCGUGGGCAAUAUCGCCCAGGACCUUGCUCUGGACAUCAAGAGACUAAAAUCUGGCCGGGCGCGGAUCUUUACCGAGGACAGUCGUGAGUACAUAGGUCUGAAUGUGGAUAAAGGGACACUGGUAGUAAGAGAAAGAAUAGAUCGAGAGGAACUGUGCGCCCAAGUGUCUCCCUGUUCCUUAAAUUUCCAGAUCAUACUAGAGAACCCCAUGGAGUUACACCGUAUUGAUGUGGAAAUACUGGAUAUUAACGAUAAUGCACCGGUUUUCGCCAGAAAGGAAAUUAAUUUCCAAAUGAUCGAAUCGGCUGUUCCAGGAACCAAAUAUUCACUCGACAGCGCGCACGAUCCUGAUGUAGGCUUAAAUACACUCCAGAGAUACACUCUUCAUCCAACUGAUAAUUUUGUAUUGAAAGAGUUGUCUCGUCAUGAUGGCACAAAAUAUGUGGAGAUGGUAUUGCAGACACCCGUAGACAGAGAAAAACAGGAAGAACUUAAACUAGUUUUGACGGCAUUGGAUGGUGGUAAUCCUCAAAGAUCUGGCACCGUCAAAGUCACUGUUAGGGUCAUCGAUGUCAACGACAAUACCCCUGUAUUUAGUCAAUCUAUCUACAGAGUCACGUUGUCGGAAAAUUCAGCGAAAGGCACUUUAGUGGUGAAAGUGAGUGCAACCGACAAAGACAAAGGAACAAAUGGUGAGGUUACAUAUUCUUUCUCUCAGAGCAGUGGUAGAGAUUUGGAUUUGUUCAGCAUAGAGGCGCACACUGGUGACAUUACUGUGAAUGGUGUCUUAGAUUAUGAGAAAUCUAAAAAAUAUGAAUUAGACGUCGAAGCAACAGAUAAGGGAGGUUUAACGGACACCUGUAAAGUUCUCAUUGAACUGACAGAUGUGAACGAUAAUGCUCCUGUAAUAAGCGUAAUCUCGUUUUCCAGCCCGGUCCCAGAGGACUCCCCUCCUGAGACUGUCAUAGCGAUGCUCAACAUUAAAGAUUUCGAUUCCGGGAAAAAUGGACAGAUUAAAUGCACAUUAAAUGUAGCUUCGCUUUUCAAAAUUGCAGCAUCGUCGUCCAAUAUUUAUGUUUUAGUAACUGAACAUUUUUUAGACCGUGAGAAGGUGUCAGAAUAUAAUAUAACAAUAACAGCAACUGAUGAGGGAUCACCGUCUUUCUCUGCUAAUAAAACUCUUAAGCUGAAAAUCUCUGAUAUAAAUGACAAUGCUCCUGUUUUCCAGCAACAGAAAUACACUGCAUAUGUAAUGGAAAAUAACUCACCAGGAGUGUCUAUAUUUGCUGUCAGUGCUAGUGACAAAGAUACUGGUAACAAUGCUCGUAUUUCAUAUUUCCUCGAGGAUUUGAAUAGUAUUAAUGGUGUUACCACAUCACGUUGUAUUGCAGUUAAUGCUGAAAGCGGGGCGAUUCUCGCUACUUGUUCCUUUGAUUAUGAGCAAACAAAAGAACUUAAUAUUUUAAUCAAAGCGCAAGAUGGAGGCAACCCACCGCUCAGUACCAAUGUUAGUGUGAAAAUAGGGAUUCAAGAUCAGAACGACAACACGCCUCAGGUUUUGUACCCAAUACAGACAGGUGGAGGCUCUGUGGUUGCUGAAAUGGUGCCUCGUACGGCAGAUGUAGGCUAUCUUGUCACUAAAGUAGUGGCUGUUGAUGUGGACUCUGGACAGAACGCCUGGCUCUCAUAUAAACUGCUGAAAGCCACAGACAGGGCACUGUUUGAAGUGGGUCUACAGAAUGGAGAAAUAAGAACUAUUCGCCAAGUCACUGAUAAAGAUGCUGUGAAACAAAGGCUCACUGUUGUAGUGGAGGACAAUGGCCAGCCCUCUCGUUCAGCAACAGUCAAUAUUAACGUGGUUGUGGCGGACAGUUUUCCCGAAGUGCUCUCGGAGUUUACUGACUUUUCGUACGAAAAGGAUUACAACGACAGUCUGACCCUUUAUCUAGUUUUGGCAUUGGCUGUGGUUUCCUUCCUCUUUAUUUUGUCCAUUAUAGCCAUCCUAUCAGUAAAAUGCCACCGCUGGCGACAAGAACGCAUAUUUUACAGAUCCAACGCAAAUCUCCCAGUUAUACCGUAUUAUCCACCCAUUUACGCAGACGUAGAAGGCACAGAAACUUUAAAGCAAAUGUACAACUAUGGAAUGUGUGGAACGACUGAUUCUCGAAAGAGUGAUUUGACAUACAUGAGACAUUGCAAUCAGAGCAUGACUAAUCUGGAGACAGAUGGAUUACCUCCACACGUACUUGUGUCAGAGAAUAAGCAGUCACCAGAAGAAUCUGAAAUUCAGGUGAGCGACGUUAAGCCCGUGUAUGCUUAA